AAUGAUUUAGUAGUAGCACUGAGAGCGACUCUGUUUUUGUGGGUUUCUUGCUUUUUAUUCAUUCAUAAAAUAAUAAAAAGUUUUAAUCUUUUUUACUCACUCACCAUGGAUACAGUGGAAGCAACAAAGAUGGUGAUGUCAAGAAUCCAAAAAAUAGAUCCAGAUAACGCUUCUAAAAUAAUGGGUUACAUAUUAAUCCAAGAUCAAGGUGAUAACGAGAUGAUUCGUCUGGCUUUUGGCCCUGAAUCUCAUCUUCUUUCUGUCAUCAAACAAGCCAAAUCUUUCUUAGACAUUUCCUCAAACACUUCGUCUGCACACCGUGUUGUUAUCCCUACCAACAACAAUGGCGGUGCUUUCCAAAACCCUCCGUCGCCAAACUCACCGUGGUCUCCAUUUUCCGACCAACCCCACCACGGCGCCGGUUUGUUUUACAACGACGAGUUUACUGACCAAAUGGGUAGCCCUAAUUUGCACAGGAGAAGUUGCUCUGUUAACGACGUGUUUCUCUCCGGCUGCGGCGCCGGUGAUGAUUUCGGUGGUGGGUUUAGACCUUGCAUGUACUAUUCAAAAGGGUUUUGUAAAAAUGGUGAAACUUGUAAAUUUGUUCAUAAUAAUAAUAAUAGUAAUAAUGAUGGUGGUGGGGUUUUUGGUGACGAAUUAUUAGGGUUUGAUGGUCCGACCGGCGGUCCAACCGGAGUUGGGACUAUUUCCGGUUCACCAGAUGAUGGGUUUGAGGAUUUGAUAAGAUUGAAAGCAAUUCAACAACAACAACAAAGAAUUGCAGCUUUCAAUGCCAAUAAUAAUAGACCAACUUCUCAUUUUCCUUUCAAUCGAUCGACAUUGAUGAUGGGAGAUGAAUUUCACAAGUUUAAUCGUUCUCGAUCGGAAAGGAAUGAUUUUGGACUAUUGGGGUCCGGGAAUUCGAAUUCGACCUCUAGACAGAUUUACUUGACAUUUCCAGCUGACAGUACUUUUAAGGAAGAGGAUGUUUCUAAUUACUUUAGUAUGUUUGGACCGGUCCAAGAUGUGAGGAUCCCGUUUCAGCAAAAACGAAUGUUUGGGUUCGUUACGUUUCUUCUUCCGGAGACUGUGAAGGCGAUUUUGGCCAAAGGAAACCCUCAUUUCAUAUGUGACUCACGGGUGCUUGUUAAGCCGUAUAAAGAAAAAGGGAAAGUACCUGAUAGGAAGCAUUAUCAACAUAUUGAAAGAAAAGACUUUUCUGGAUGCUUGAGUCCAACUGCACUUGAAUCCGCUGAGCCAUUUGAUCAUAUACCCUUUGGUGCUAGAAUGUUUAACCAUGAAAUGAUGUUAAGAAGAAAGUUAGAGGAGCGGGAAUUACAGCAAGCACUUGAAUUUCAAGAUAGAAGAUUGAUGAAUCUGCAGUUAACUGACCUGAAAAAUCAUCAGUUGCAGCGGUGUUUUUCUCUAGGUGGUGUUCCAUCACCAACCGAGACCAGCCGAAAUCAAGUGUAUUCAUCUACUGGAAACAAUGUGGAAGUUGUUUCUGGAGAAAAAAUUGGUGUCCAUGAUAGCAUGAAUUCUGCAAGGGAUGAAUCUGAUACAAGUGUGCCAUCAGUAGUAAAGAAUGAGUGCUUUGAUCAGAACGUAAAUGGGAAGAAUGAAAGCAGCCUAGAACAUGGACGACCUGAUAACUUGUUUGUUUCACCUUCACAAUCGGCAGCCACUGACCAUCAGACCUUUUUUUCAACUGAUUUGCCGGAAACUGAUUAUGUUGCUGCAAUUUCAGUGGAUGUUACUCCCAAAUGUGAAGAAGCCAUUGAAAUGUAGGUGGUUCAGAUCUGCAAUGGCUUAUUAGAGACAUAUUAACUAAUUGGAGUAGGAAGAUAUACUUGUUUGUUGCAGGAGUAGGAGGAUAUACUCAAGGGUAUAAACACCAUUAACAACAGCUAAAUGGAUCUGUUAGGAAUAUUUCAAGACCAUUGUCAUCUUCUAUAUACUACUUACAUCUAUCUUCUAUAUACUAUUUAGAAUUAUACAUAAUAUGCAAUACAUAUAUGAUAUAUAUAUAUAUUUAUAUAUAUAUAUA